UAGAUGACAAUGGCUCAACCGAAUUUGUUAUUAUCCAAGAAGUCUUUAGAAGAGGAUGAAGAUUUGCUUACUUGUGGGAUCUGCAAAGAAAUAUUCACCGACCCGAAACAGUUACCAUGUGUACACUGUUUUUGCAAGCAUUGUCUUCAGCUCAUGACCAAUACUACAGAUUGUAGUUCGCUACGAUGUCCAGUUUGUCGCCGAGAAUUCGAUAUUCCCGAGAAUAAUGUAGCAUCCUUCGAGGACAACGAGUAUCUAAAGAACUUGAGUGAAUUAUUAAAGGCGAAAAAAGAAGAGGAUGCAAACCAGCCAUUAGAGUGUAGUAUCUGCAAAGAGUCAAAGCAGCCUAAUAGUAUUUCACACUGUUUGGAAUGCGAUGAUAAUCUUUGUAAUAAAUGUGAAGAGUACCACAAGAAGUUCGAGAAGUUAACUCGUGGUCAUACGGUGGUGCCGUACAAAGAGCUAAUUUGCACUGAUGGUAUCCUCAAUCGUUCAAAAGCAUCCUGCAAAGAACAUACCAGCAAAAUGCUGGAAUUAUUUUGCUUCACCUGUCACGAAUUUAUUUGUUUGGAGUGUCUAAAUUCUCACCAAAGAAAUAGUGAAGACAAGUGUUACAUCAACCCACUUCCGAUUCCUAGGGAAACUCUAAUGGAAACCUGGAAUGAUCAAGUUCAUUGCCUUGAAGAGAUAAUACAAGUAUAUGAAAAAGAGGUAGGUGAUUCUAUCCGUGUGCAACAAAAUCUCCACAAAAGUAAAGAGAAGGUUCAGGAAGAGAUCCAAGCCGAAUCAGAUCGAGUCAUUUCUGUCGUAAAAGAAAACACGAAAAUACUAUUAGAGCGCCUUGACGAAGAAUUUAAAGCAGAUGAAAAGGUGGCAACCUUGCAUCGCGAUAAUGCAGAAAGUAUCAUUGAAUCAUGUAAGCACUUGUUAAAGAUUCGAGAACACCUUAUGAAGAAUGCAAAAGACAUAGAGGUAAUUCCUGCUUUGGCCACAUUAGAGGAACGUCUGAAAUACUUAAAGAAAGCAAUGAACUACCUUAGCAUUUCAGGAAUGUUUCGAUUCGUCUCUGCAAACAGCACAAAGGUUGGGAAAAUACAGAAG